AGAAGAGACCAAAAACGAUUCCAGGUCCGAGAAAGAAGAGACCAAAAAGGUUGGAUUCCACGUCCGAGAAAGAAGAGAGCAAAAACGAUUCAAGAGCAUUAGCGGAUUCAAGCAAUAACGAUGGACUAGAAGCUGAACCCAAUCCAAAUCCAGUGCCGGAAAAUGAGCCUUUUAUUCUAAGCAACUCAAGAAGGAAAAAAAGAAACAUUCCUCCAACUCUUGCCCUAUAUCAAGCUGCUAUAAAGGGUGACUGGGAGACAGCCAAAUCUAUAUUUGAUGCAGAUCCAUCGGCAAUCACUAUGAAGAUAACUGUUGCAGUGGCUACUCCUCUUCAUAUUGCUGCAUCAUCAGGAGUAGUAAAAAUCGCUGAAGUAAUGGUUGACAAGAAUCCCCAUCUUCCAAACGUUUAUGAUGCUAUGAAACCAUCCCCAGUUUUAGUAGCUGUAGCUCACAAACGCAGAGACAUGGCUUCCUUCCUCUUCUCCAACACUAAUUUUGAAGCUCUAAACAGUUAUGAACAAAUUGAACUUCUCAGUGCUACCAUCUCUAGUGAUUAUUAUGAUAUAGCCUUAGAUAUUCUAACGAAGAAACCUGAAUUAGCAAUGGCACGGCCGGCUGUGUUUGGAACAAGGCUGUAAAGGUUGUCAAGAUUGGAGGCUUCAACAGAAAGGCUCUAAUGGAGACGUUAGCCCAUCAAGUUGUUGAACGCAUAUGGAAUUUUCUUGUCCAGAAUCUUUCCACUAGAAGAAUUUUGUUCUUUAACGUCGGUUUAAAACCGACAUUAAAGGCCUCUUUGAUGUCGGUUUUUCAGUUUUCAACCGACAUAUUUGAUAGUGUUAUUGAAGCCCUUUAAUGUCGGUUUAAAACUGACAUUAAAGCCUAGUUUUUGGAUUCAUUUUUACAAAUUUAUUUUUAUUUAAUUGUUACAUUAUUGUCCUAUAGACCGACAUUGGAUCAAUGUAGAUAAAUAUGUUUUUCACAUGCCAACAAAUCAAUGAAAUUCAUAUUAUGUUAGAAACUA